CCUAGUGAUGUAGUUCACAGGCAACUCUAAUACUGUUUCCAAGGACCCCUCUGUUGCCUCUCAGUCCUGAGUCACAGGAUGGAGAGAGCCAAGAUGGGGCCCCAAAUUAGAGACUUUAAGGAGAAGGGGUCCACCUGAAAGACGCCUCCACCUUCCAUCUUUGACUUCACCAAUAGGAAUGAACCGGUGCUGCAGCAGUUGCGGGCAGCCUCGCAGCCCAGCGCUCAACCGCUGCGCCACCAGGGAAGGCCCUCUCAAGGAUUUUUUAUGGCUUGUUUUGAAAGAAAGCAACAAGAGCUAUGAUCACUGUUUUGGGUGCAGAAGCAAAUGUGAGACAGAUAAUUCCAUUGCUGUCGUACACAAGGAAGGACUUCUAAGUCUCUGUUGAGUCACACUGGAGAGAAGAAUUUUGUCAUUGAGCAAGAAAAAUGCCAGGUGGUCUAGAGAAGGCGUGCCAUCGGUGCAUUUCUAAAAUCGCCAGCAAUGCCUGCUUCAUCUUGGUGCUCUUUGCUUUCCUCGUGUUGCCUCUGUCCAUGGCUUUCACAGGGAUGAAGUUUUUGGAGGACUGCCCCAUCCAGCCCCUCAUUCCUCUGUAUUUGCUAGUGGGUGGGAUCAUUGGGGCCUUGAAGGCGUCAUUCCUGCUCUACGACUCCACCAGGAUGCGGCAGCUUCUGUCCAAGGCCGUGGUGAUGGACGACGACGACGACGAUGAAUAUCCCUGGAGACAGAACGCACACAGAUACUACACCCACCUCGUCCUCAGCCUCUUCCUCUUCCUCUGGUUCCUUCUGGGCAAUUACUGGGUCUUUUCUGUUUACCUGCCUGAUUUCAUCCCCCCUUUCCAGCAGCCUCAGGAUUACUGUGACAAAACCCUGUACCUCUUCGCAGUCGGGGUUCUCGUGCUUGGCCAUACCGCGCUGGCCGCGCUCCUCCUGUGCAGCGCGUGCGUCUAUGUGUGGUCCAGGUGGAGACUUGCUGCCGAUGAGGACUGAGAAUCACACCCCAAGCGCACACGUACACAUGUACACAUGCACCCACACUCAUGCACACACAGGCUCAUGUCCUGGCACAU